ACGAUUCAAUCAAUUAACCAGUCUAUUACUUUAUCAGUUUUUUUACAUCAGUCGGUUACAUCGAGGGUUACACAAAUCUUGCGCUUUUGUGCACUCAGACUUUGGAGAGUUGCAAGGUUUGUCACCACACGAACACACGAUUCUGUUUGGCAAGGGUUGUUUUGUUCACUUUGGCGCAACAUGUUGGUUUUUCAGCCUCUUUGCUUCAUGCGUGGCGCAGCUUUUUGGAUACUUUUGAACGGGCUUUUGAAGUCCGUACUGCACUGAGCACGGGCCUGCGUAGCUCUCAGGGACUCCCUGAAGGGUGCUCGCUCUCAGUGGUGGGCAUGAUCUUGGUGGAUUGGGCAUAUCAUGUGUACAUGAAGCUGUUGACUCCUUCGGUUCAUGUUUUUAGCUAUGUGGACAAUUUGACCGCAGCUGGUUUUAGACCUCUACAAGUAGUUUCGGCAUUUUUCUCCACGAUGGGCUUUUUCAAACUGUGGGGGCUUUCCCUGGACCUGGACAAGAGCUAUGUUUGGGGACUCACACCGCAAUGUCGCCAGAUCAUGGCCUACUUGGGCCUUUCACUGAAACAAGAUGUCCUGGAAUUGGGUGGCAACAUGUGUUUUGGCAGACCUCGCCGGAAUCGGCUACUGAAAGCCCGGGCCCUCCUUUUGACGGGCAAAUGGGCCAAAUUGCGCCGCAGUCGCGCCCCAGCGGCACAGAAGGUUGCGAUUUUGCCGGCCUCCUUCUGGGCGGUGGCCCUGCAUGGGGUAGCCAUCUGUCCAGUCCCUGACGGGCAUCUUCAUGACCUUCGCCAGUCAGCCAACAAGGCCUUGAGAUGGAACCAAGCAGGCAGUAAUGCUAUGCUACGGUUUGCCCUACAGCCCAACAUGAUGGCUGAUCCGGGCUUCUACCAUGUGAUGCUGGUUUUGACUACUUUUCAACGCAUUUGUAGAGGUUCACAUACGUUACUGGCAUGUUGGCGAUGGUGGUUUCAAUCGUUUCAGGGAGAUUUGCAACAAGGCCCUUUCAGUGUCUUGUUGACGACGCUGACCAGCGUUGGAUGGGAACUGGUUGAUCCUCCUUGGAUACGGGACCAUCUUGGUGGCGAUCAUGAUUUUUUGCUUAUGUCAGGGCCUCUCAUGAAGCAAUUGAUCCAAGAUGCAUGGCUUUUGAAGGUGGCUCAAAAUGUCCAUCACCGGCCAACUAUGGCGGGACUGACCGGCAUUGACCGCCAUGUUACGGUGGAGACCAACACCACUUUGACUGCGCACCAGCUUUCACUGCAGAUGGCGUUGCAAAGUGGGACGUUCAUAGACACUUGGAGCCAUAGUAAGUAUGACAAGUCCAAACAGGGAUACUGUCAAGUUUGUGAUUGCCCCAAUACCCACCAACACCUUUUGGUUUGUAGCAAAUACCAACAUUUACGGGAAAAGUUUUCUUUGACCAGCGCUGAACUGACCUCCUGGCCACCAUGCUUUGCUCAUCAUUUGCUGUGCCCGCGCUCUCCUUUUGUGGAUGCACUACGGGCCUACUUCUUGAACGUGCCAGACAAGUCGAACAUCUUCGACAGUGGUCCGGAAGCUGACGAAGUCAACCACCUUUUCACAGAUGGUUCCUGCUUUGCUCAUGGGCGGAGAGAAACACAUUUGGCAGCCUGGGCCGUCUACAAUGCCACCACGCAACGGCCAUUGGGGACCGGCCCGGUGCCAGGCCUCGAACAAACCAUUGGCCGCGGCGAAUUGAGCGCUUUGGUCUUUGCACUUCGCUGGGCUCUUCAUUUUCAGGUGAAGACACACCUGUGGAUAGACGCCAAAUGGGUUCAUGAUGGUUUCCAACAACGGAAACGACAUACUCCCAACGGCGAUCUUUGGUUAGAGGUGGACAACCUUUUGGCCAACGGCGCGGCGCACUUGGUCGAUUCUUCCUGGAUCCCGUCUCAUUUGGAUCUAGCCCGCUGUGAGAGCCCUUUUGAAGAAUGGAUCGCGCGCAACAAUGCGGCGGUGGAUGUCAUGGCGGUGCGCUGCAACCAUGAAAGACCUCAAUCCUUGUGGACGUUGGUGAACCAACAGCGAGACUGGGAUCAAUGUUGGCGAGAUCGCUUGCAAAAGCUACGCCACUACUACUUUCACAUCUAUGAGAUUACCCACCAGCCUCCCUCAGCGAGUGAAGUGAUCCCUGUGGUCUCCAGUGACGAGGAAGAGAAUGAAGGAUCAUUGUACAGUUUUGCUGAUGUGCUGUCAGGGGCUUCAGACUUUUGUACAUUCCAAGCCACGACAGGUUUUCCUUUUUCAUUUUUGCAGAACCUGAUGUCAUGGAUUCACGAUCAUGAUGAUUGCGAGGAGGUUCCUAGGCCUGUUAGUUUGUUGGAGGUUACGGUUGGUUUGUUGCACUUUGACCCGAUUCAUUUCCCUCAUCGAAAUCCCACGACAGGGGAAUGGACCGAUCAGGACAGGCUUCUGCUUUUUGAGCGGCCCACGCUGGCAUAUUAUUUGGGUAUUGUACAGAAAACAUUCCAGUAUUUGGCCACUCAAUUUAGGUCUUUGGACCCCAUUUUACGAUCAAUUAAUUGUCUCAACCUAGGGGUGCAUAUUCCGCAGAAGGGCAUUUUUCUCCGCCUCCCCAGGGCUCUGAGAUCAGACAUCAAUAUGAUGUUGGGAGGUUUCACAAGGACGCGGCCCGUCCGCAGAAGUGCCGAUUUGGCACGUCCUCUUUAGCGACCAAUGGACAGGCUGGUGACUGCACUGCUGCGGCCGUGCAUCGCUGGUCUUGGGAAGCAGUCCGCACUACAUCAGUCGGUUACAUCGAGGGUUACACAAAUCUUGCGCUUUUGUGCACUCAGACUUUGGAGAGUUGCAAGGUUUGUCACCACACGAACACACGAUUCUGUUUGGCAAGGGUGGGCUGUUUGGCAAAGAGGUUUUCUUCAUCUCAAGAUCAGAAUGAAAGGUUUGGAAGUCGUGUUGCUAAAACAACGUUCAAAGUUUUCGGUGAUAUGUCCAACGUUGGUAAAACACUCCGUGCAACCACCAGAUUUUGGACCCUGUCGACCACAGUUUUUGAGGUGAUGCGGCUGCCAUUGCUGGCAAGAGUGGACUCAGCGCUGACUUGAUCAAGGAGAAAGCCAAGGAUGCCAAGGAGUUUGCCAAGUUGGCCUGUCAGGGUCUUCUCAGUGCAGACUAAGAAGACUAAGCGGGGCGCAAGCGGCGCAACCGGCGAAACCGUUUGCGGUUGUCGCAGAGGACGCCGUGGCGAAGCCCAUGGUUGACCGCGAAGAAACUUCCCGCUCAGUGGUGCCAUCAGCUCAAGAUUUACUGUCUCAUUUCUCUCAAACAAAAAUGAAUAUUUCUAGAUAUGUCGUGAUUUCUUGAAUGCGG